AUGACGUCGGCCUCAAAUUCAGGUGCCCCGACAAAAAGGGCUCUCCUGAUCGGCAGUCCGACAUACGAUCUUAGGGGGCCUCAGAACGAUGUCGAGAAUGUCGGCAACCUCCUGAGACGCCAUGGGUUCCGGGUUCGAGAGUGCUGCGGGCCCCGAGCCACAAGAGAUGGGAUCUUGACCAUGUGGAGAGAGCUCAUCUUUGACACUCAACCCGAUGAUACAGUAGUUAUUUACUAUUCCGGCCAUGGCGGAUUCGCAAAGGAUCCAAAAGACCACUCUGGGAGACGGUACCAGUACAUCGUGCCGACUGACUAUGUCACCCCUUCCAGUCCUGGUGAUUUUAAAGGAAUUUUCGAUAUCGAGAUAUCAAGGCUUGUUCAUCAAACAACUAAGAAUACUCACAAUGUCACCGUGAUCCUGGACUGCUGCUUUUCAGGACGCAUGGCGCGCGAUCCCACCCAUGGAGGCCACGCCGUCAGGAAAGCGCUGGAGAAUGUCCCAUAUGAUCAAGUUUCGAAGGCGUAUGAAUUAGCGGCCAAAAGUGUCUUCUCGGAUUUGACCAGUGUUGAAGGGAAUCUGAAUGCAGUGCGAAUUGUGGCGGCGACGGAUUCCGAGGCAGCGUUUGAAUAUGACGAGGGUGACGGGCGCAUAAUCGGUGCCUUCACCAGAGCCCUGCUCGCGAAUCUGGAGAAUGCACUGCAGGCGAGUCUCACAUGGAAGCAAAUGAUGCUCAGAGUGUCGGACCUGGUCAACACUCAGUUCCCCUAUCAACAUCCGCAUGUGGAAGGCCCGUACAAUAGGGUUGUGUUUUCUCAGCAGGAGAAGGACACCAACGUCUAUCAGGUAGAAAUAUCAGACACGGGAGAGCACAUCCUCCAGGCCGGUCAGACUGCAGGUGUCAGGGUCGGCAAUACCUACCACAUCAUCUACAACGAGACUGCAGCAAGAUCAAAGGAUCUCAAUUCCCGAGAGAUAGGAGUAGUGACGAGUGUUGCCCCACUGAAUGCUAUACUCCAGACCCAGUCGAAGGUCCUUGGAGAACAAACUGCCAGUGCAUAUCCUGAGAUAGAGGCACAAUAUCGAUACCCAGUCUCGGUGACUGACAGUCUGAAACGGUAUGUGGACGACCAGAUACGCAAAAUGAAAUUCAUACAGCUAUCUGAGAACGGCCCAACUUCCAUGGUGUUUGCCCGUCUUGAUCAACAGGAUGAGACGAUCUGUCUGAGCAUCUGUGGCGAGCCGCGUGCUGCUUUCAACGCUAAUGGAGAUAUCACAGGGGCUGUCUCUAGAGCUCUUCAGCUUGCAAACUCAGUAUCUCGAGCAGCUCACUUGUUGUCUAUCAAACCUGCAGGUGAAGUGAGACUGGACCACGAGUUGCAGAUUACACUCUCGAAAAUCAAUCCUGGAGAACAUGGUACAGAGGAUCUUGCUACUAAUGGCACUGCCUGGAUUAGUUGCAGAGACCGGAUAUGCAUAACACUGAACAAUACUUCUUCGGUCGAUACUGUAUAUGUGGGAUGGAGAUCCGUUGGCCAAAGGAUAUCCCUGGUGACGUCCAAGAAUCCAUUCCCGAGUGGGUGGUCUGUCUCGUUACAAAUGCUGAAAUCGACCUUCGCUGCCUAG